AUGAGAAAAUUUAUAUCAAAAAAUCCAGCCACUAAGGAGGUAGUAUAGGAAUUCAAUUUUCUUAGUGAUGAAGAGUUAAAGCAAUUAAUUCUAUAAUCACAAUAAGGAUAUGAAAUCAAUAGGAAUAGCUCGUACUAAUUGAAAGCAAAGAAAUUAUUGAAGCUAUCUGAUUUAUUGAACGAAAAUUAAGAGAAAUAUGCAAGAUUAAUAUCAUAAGAGGUAGGCAAACCAAUAUGUUAAUCAAGAGCAGAAAUAAAGAAAUCAGCAAAUUAUUGCAAAUAUUAUGCUGAAAAUAUCGAUAAAUAUUCACAACCUCAAAUAGUGAUAACUGAAGCUAAAAGUAGUUAUGUGUAAUAUUCACCUAUUGGAACCAUCUACUCGAUAUCUCCUUUCAAUUUUCCAUUUUGGUUAUGUUUUAAACCAAUUAUUCCAAUGUUGGUAGUUGGUAAUGCAGUAAUCCAUAGACCUUCAGAUUCAACAGGGCUUUGCGGAAUGGCGUUAUAGGAGUUAUUUAUAUUAGCUGGAUUCAAUGAAAAUAUAUUUUAGAAUGCAUUUACAACUGCUUAAUAAUUAGAAUAAGUGAUGGCUCAUCCUUAGAUAUAAGGUGUGUCAUUCACAGGUUCUACAGCUGCAGGUUCAAUAAUAGGAGCUACUGCUGGUAAACAUUUAAAGAGAAGUGUCUUGGAAUUGGGAGGAUCAGAUCCAUUUUGUGUAUUGUAAAAUGCAAAUGUAGAAUUAGCAGUUUAAUUGGCUCUUAAAUCAAGAAUAGCUAAUUGCGGAUAAGUGUGCUUUUCUGCAAAAAGAUUCAUAGUUCAUUUUCAAUAUUAUGAUAUUUUUAAAGAAAAAUUAGUAAAUGCAUUGGAGAAACUAAAAAUUGGUGAUCCUUUAUUAGAGACAACUGAAUUAGGUCCGAUAGCAAGAGAAGAUUUAAUUACAAGUCUUUUGCAUUAAAUUAAGAUGGGAGUGGAUUAAGGAGCAAAGAUAGUUUAUGGAGGUACUAGAUUAAAGGAGAAUGAAAAUUUUAUGUUGCCAACUGUCGUAGAGGUGGAUGAGAAAAAUAUAUUGGUAAAAGAGGAGACAUUUGGACCAUUAUUUGCUUUAAUAAAAGCAAAUAGUAACGAUGAGAUAUUGAGAAUUGCAAAUAACACAUCUUAUGGAUUAGGUGCAGUAGUUGUUAGCAAUGACAAGUAAGAGAUUGAGUAAUUUGUGAAUCAUCUAGAAGCAGGAAUGGUGUUUGUGAAUGAAAUAGUCAAAUCAGAUUAAAGAUUACCAUCUGGAGGUAUCAAAGGAUCUGGAUAUGGAAGAGAAUGUGGUGAAUGGGGAGUCUAGAACUUUGCUAAUAUUAAGACAGUUUGGAUCGAAUGA